AUGUUUUCUAUUUAUAAAACAAUUCAUCCUCCAACUAGUAUUGAACAUGCUGUAUGGUCUCGUUUUAUCACUCCAUUAGAAAAUAAUUUAAUAUUAAGCAGUGCAAAUCAUUUAUAUGUUUAUCGUAUUAAUAAUCAUACAACACAAUUUGAAUGUUUACAUACAUUUAUACUUUGGGGAAAUAUAUGUACAAUAACACCAUGUCGUAUAGGUUCAUUAACAAAAGAUACAUUAUUUUUAUCAUUUAUGGAUGCAAAAUUAUCCUUAAUUGAAUUUGAUUCCACUAUACAAGAUUUAAAAACAUUAUCAAUGCAUUAUUUUGAAGAUGAAUUAGCUAAAGAAGGACAAUGGUUUAAUUUUUCACCACCUAUUGUACGUGUUGAUCCAGAUAUGCGUUGUGCUUGUAUGCUUAUCUAUAAUUCAAAACUUGUUAUUAUACCAUUUUUUAGUCAGUUAGAUAGAGAAAUUAUAACAAAUGAUACAAUACCAAGUACAGCAGGUGUAACACCUGGCGGUACAAGACAAUUCUCUUUAUCUUCUUAUAUAGUUCAUUUAAAAAAACUUGAUGCAUCACUAACUGGUCGUAUAAUAGAUUUACAAUUUUUACAUAGUUAUUAUGAACCGACAUUAUUUAUUUUAUGUGAAUCAAGCCGAACAUGGGUCGGUCGUGUAGCUGUUAAAAAAGAUACUUGUUCUAGUGUUGCACUUUCAAUAAAUGUUGCUCAAAAAUCUAAUCCAGUUAUAUGGCCAGUUGAUAAAUUACCAUUUGAUUGUCUUAGUUGUUUAUCUGUACCAAAACCCAUUGGUGGUAUACUUGUUUUAGCAACAAAUUCUAUUAUAUAUCUUAAUCAAAGUAUACCAGCUUAUGGUGUUGCAUUAAAUACAAUGACACGUGAUUCAACAAAAUAUCCAUUGAGACCAUUAUAUGAUCUUAAAAUUGCACUUGAUUUAGCUGAAGCAAUAUUUAUAUCAAAUGAUAAAGUUCUUAUAUCAAUUAAAUCAGGUGAUGUAUAUCUAUUAACAUUACAUACAGAUACAAUGCGAACAAUGAAAGAAUUUACAUUUGAUCGUAUUGGAUCAACUGUAUUAUGUAGUUGUUUAUGUAAAUGUGAUGAUAAUUUCAUAUUUUUUGGUUCACGUCUUGGUAAUUCUUUAUUACUUCGUUUAAAUGAAAAAGCAAUUAUUGAUCCAACAUCGAUUGAUACUAUUGAAACAAUGAAUGGUGAUGAAAAUGAAACUAAUGAAACUGAUUUCUAUGAACAACCUGAAACUCUUAGUGAAUCAUUAAAUAAAAUUGAUUUAACUGAAACAGAUAUGGAUAUAAUUGUUCCAAAUAAUAAAAAUGAUACGAUAUUUUUUUCAAGUGAAUUCGGUACAAAUGAAUCAAAAAAACAAAGUUAUAAUUAUUCAUUUGAAUAUUGUGAUAAUCUUAUAAAUAUUGGUCCAUGUGGUUAUGCAAUUGUUGGUGAAGGUGAUAGUGAAGAAGCACGUCUUAUACAACGUCAUAUUCCUCCACAAUAUCAAACAACACAAUUAGAUUUUGUUACAACAUCAGGUACAAAUAAAUGUGGUUCAGUUUCAAUAUUACAACAAACAAUAAAACCGGAAUUAGUAACAACACAAGCCUUACCCGGUUCAAUUGAUAUGUGGACAGUUUAUUCGUCAAUAAAAGAACAAGAACAAAAAUCUGAACAUUCAUUUAUAUUAAUCAGUCAAGAAACUUCAACAUUAAUAUUCCAAACAGGUAUUGAUAUCACCGAAUUAGAACAAGGAGGAUUUCUAACAAAUGAACAAACAAUUUAUUGUGGAAAUAUUGGUGAACAAUUAAUUGUACAAAUAACACGAUUACAUAUAGUAUUAUUACGUGAUAGUAUACAAAUACAAAUGCUAUCGUUUGAAAAUAAUCCGAUACGUUUUGCAACAAGUCUUGAUCGUUAUUUAGCUAUUUUAACAACACAUGGUGUUAUUCAUAUUUAUUUACUUUCACAAGAUAAUAAUGAACAACCAAAACUUAUAGAAUAUUGUAAAUUAAAUGAUAAAAAAUAUACAUGUAUUAAUUUAUAUGUUGAUCAAAGUGGAUUAUUUACAACAACAGUUAAUAAUAAUAUUUAUUCUCAUACAGCAACAUCAAAUUCUCCUAAACAAGAAACAAUUCAACAAAAAAUGGUAUCAUUACCAACAAAUCCACUUGAUUCAGCUGAAUUUACUGGAGGUGAUGAUGAAGAUGAAUGGUUAUAUGGAGCAAAAACAACUGAAAAAUCUGCAACAGUAAUUGAACCCAUGGAUAGUUCAAGUAAUCCUCCAACAACAACAACUACAAAUCCUUCCCCAACAGUGAAUAAUAAUAAUAAUAAUAAUGAUUCAACAAAUAUUACUCCGAUUACACGUUGGUUAAUAGCUAUUAGUAAAGAUGGAACAUUAACUAUGCAUGAACUUAUGCUUGAUGAAACAAUUCCACCAAUAUUAAAAUUUGAAAUAUCACGUUUUAAUAGUGCAUUAAAAAUACUUAUCGAUAUACAAGAUACAAAUCCACCUAUGACAAAUUAUUUAGGAAAAAUAGAAACAUCAUGUUCUGCUUAUGUUUAUGAAUUACUUGUUAUUGGUUUAGGACCAAAAAAAGAUCGAGUAUAUUUAAUUGCACGAAUUGAUGAAGAUCUUAUUUUAUAUGAAGUUUUUCCUUAUCAAUAUUUACCAGAAGAUCGUUUAAAAUUACGUUUUCAUCGUAUAACAUGUAAUGCAUUAGUUCGAACGAAAAAAUCUAGUGCAAAAAAGAAUGCAGCUAAACGACAAAAAGAUGCUGCUGCACAAUUACAACAAAAUCAAGCUAAACUGAAUGUUAAUUCACAAGAAUUACUUUCAGUACAAACUGAUUUACUUGAUGAUGAAAUGAAUGAAUAUCAACGAAUGUUAUUAAGACCUUUUAAUAAUAUUGCGAGUCAUUCAGGAGUAUUUAUAUGUGGUACUCAUCCAUAUUGGUUAAUAUGGUCAAAAGGUAAUUUACGUUCAUUUCCAAUGAAUAUCGAUGGUCCAAUAAAAACAUUUGCUGAAUUUAAUAAUGCUAAUUGUCGUAAUGGUUAUUUAUAUUUUAAUCAAAGAGAUGAUUUAAGAAUAUCUAUUAUGCCUUCAAAAAGAAUAUUAGAUACACCUUGGCCUUUACAAAAAAUUCCAUUUAAACAAACAGUACAUUUCCUUUGUUAUCAUGUUGAAAGCAAAUUAUAUGCUGCAACAAUAAGUACUAAUGAAUUCACACAUACAUUAGUACAACCAUCUGGUGAAGAUCGUGAAUCUAUCAUAUAUCAGAAAGAAGCAAAUUUUCUUUUACCUUCACGUGAACAGUUUUUUGUACAACUUUAUUCAGCUAUCAAAUGGGAAUCAAUUCCAAAUGCUAGAUUAACAAUGAACGAAUGGGAACAUGUCACUUGUAUGAAAACAAUUGCAUUAAGAUUUCAAGGAAAUUUAAUGAAAACUUAUAUUGCUGUUGGUACAGCAAAUUGUUUUAAUGAAGAUGUUGUUAGUAGAGGACGUGUUAUUCUAUUUGAUAUUAUUGAAGUUGUUCCUGAAGUUAAUCAACCACUUACUAAACAUAAACUAAAAAUCGUUCAUGAUCGUGAAGAAAAAGGUCCUGUAACAGCAGUUGAUUCUAUUCUUGGUUAUUUAGUUGCAGCUGUUGGUCAAAAAGUAUAUAUAUGGCAAUAUCAAAAUAAUAGUCUGAAAGGUAUUGCCUUUGUUGAUAUACAAAUCUAUUGUCAUCGAAUGGUAACAAUAAAAAAUUAUAUUCUUAUUGGUGAUGUACAUAAAAGUAUUGCUUUAUUACGUUAUCAAGAAGAUAUGCGUGUAUUAUCAUAUGUUAGUCGUGAUUCAAGACAAUUAGAUGUAUUUGCAACAGAUUUUUUUAUUGAUCAAUCACAUAUACAAUUUGUCGCAACUGAUUCAGAUAGAAAUAUGUAUAUUUAUGCUCAUGCUCCAACACAAAAAGAAACACAAGGUGGACAAUGGUUAUUAAGAAAAUCGGAUUUUCAUAUUGGUUAUCCAAUAACAUCAACUAUAAGAAUGUUAGUUAAUGUGAAUCAUUUAACAACAAAACAAAACUUUGAAAAUAAACAAACAUUGCUAAUGCCAACUCUUGAUGGUGCUAUUGGUUGUCUUGUACCUUUAAAUGAGAAAAUCUUUCGACGAUUAGCUAUGUUACAAAAUUCUUUAACAACAAUGUUUCCACAAUAUGGCGGUUUAAAUCCUAAAAGUUUUCGAAUAUGUAAAACACGACGAAAACAACUUGAUAAUCCUCAAAAAAAUACUCUUGAUGGUGAUAUACUUUGGCGUUAUUUUGAUCUUAGCUUUAUUGAACGCAAUGAAUUACUUAGUCGUCUUGGAAUGCAAUCUGAUCAGUUUCAUGAAGAUCUCACUGAUAUUGCACGAGCUGUGACUUUAUUCUAA